AUGACUCAGCCUGCAAUUCAUCAACAAAUGCUUACCCCUCAAAUGUCACCUGUAGUUCAGUAUCAACAAAAUCCUGGGCAACAAACGGCUACCGUUUACCAAGCCCAAUUAGCAUUGCAACAGCAAGCCCUUACCAUGCAACAAAAUUUACAGCAAAUGGCUAAUGCACAAGUAAGUUUAAAAAAAUUAUUAUUUAAAAAGUUUAAUUUUUUAAAAAAAUUUUUACGAAUGCCGAAAAAUUUUUUACAGAUAUACAAUCCCCAAUUAAAUGCUGUAGCUGCAGCAGUUGGAACAAGAAAUUUAAAUGCAGCUGCAUUUGCUCAACCAGUUGUUUCAUCACCAUCUGCUCCAACAUCACAAGUAAACAACCCUCCUACAGCUACAACUACUGGUACAAAACAGAGAGUGUUUACAGGAAUGGUUACCAAAGUACUCGACACAUAUGGUUUUGUCGAUGAAGAUGUGUUUUUUCAAUUAAGUGUUGUAAAAGGACCCCCUCCAGUGGUUAACGACAGAGUUUUGGUUGAAGCUGUAUGUUUGCCGAAUAUGCCAUUCAAGUGGAAUGCUACUAGAAUUCAAGUUUUGCCAAUGAAUGAUGCACCUAGAAAUAAUAAAAAAGGUUUUAUUGUUUCUCCACCGUCAUUAGACAGAGGAAAUUAUGCUGCUGUCCCUCCUCCAGGAGAGUACGAUGAUUCUCGUAGAGAAAGAGAUCGUGACAGAGAUCGUCGACGAAGGCGAAGUCGUGAAAGAAAUCGAAAUAGAUCUCCCGUACCAUCAAUUGAAGAAGAAAGGAGAAGAAAAGAACGUCGGGAUAGAGAUGAUAAAGAUAAAGAAAAAGUUAAGGAAAAAGAAAGAGAAAGAGAGAGAACUAGAUCCAGGUCUCUUAAAAAAUCAACAUCAAGGCAAAUAGUAAAAAAAUAUAGAGUUAGAGUGCCAGAAUUUCCAUUAGAUAUCAAUCAUUUAUCAGUUUCCGAUUUGAGAACUAGAUAUCACACCAUGUAUGUUCCUAGUGAUUUUUUUAGAAUCUCCCUGAAAUGGAUUGAAACAAUACCACAACAAAAAACAAUGGAAUUUUCUAAAAAUGCCCAAUUUUACAUUUUAAGCAAGGAAGUCGACAGAUUGAAUGACUAUCCUGAUGAUUUAGAACCUCCAGAUGCAGAUUAUUUGUUUUGUGCCAAAGUCAUGCUUUUAAGCAUACCCCCCAAGGAUAGUAUGAUGAAAAAAUGCAUGCAAUUGACAGAAGAUAUGGAUAAGGAUGAUGGGAAAAAUUUAGUUCAUCCAUCACGUCUUAUAAAUUGCUUGGUGGGCAUAAAUUCUCGAGCAAAAAAUGAAAUAAUGGCCAUAGGAGGUCCUUGGAGUCCAUCUUUAGACGGUACCGAUCCUGUUGGAGAUCCCAACGUUCUUAUCAAAACGGCAACAAGAACAUGCAGAGCGCUGACUGGAAUUGAUUUAACUCCAUGCACUCACUGGUACCGUUUUGUCGAAAUUUACUAUCACCGGCCGAGGUCUACUCACAAAGGAAAGCAGAUACCGGCAAGGGUUGAAACGGUGGUUAUUUACAUACCAGAUGUGUGGUCUGCGAUGCCUUCUUGCCUCGAAUGGAACGAACUCGUGCUCAAGUUGAAGAAUCAAAUGGAUAAGAAACUGAUCGAGGCUGGGAAAGACCAAAAGGAGGUCGAAAAUGUUACCGUGACAAAUCAAAAAGAACCAACUCAUUACUCGCAAUUGGAUCCCAAAGUUAUGAAAGUUGUUGAACUUCGGGAUGAGUUGGAAGCAAGAAACAUGAGUUCGAAAGGUCUCAGACUACAAUUACUUGCGAGAUUGUCGAAAGUAUUGAAACAAGAGCAAGAAGCAGCCGAAAACAUGGAAAAAAAUAAUCCGAAAAUUUUAGCGGAAAAGGAAAAGGAUAAAGAGGAAGAAAAAAAAUUGAAACAAGAAAAAGAAAAAAAGAAAGCAGAGCAAAAAAAUCGUGCCGUCAUCGAAGAAAGGUACAACCUACCGGAAACACCUCACAUUCUCGUGUAUCCGUCGAGGGUGGCGAAAAAUGGGAAAUUUUCAUGCAAAAUCAUGUCUUUGUCUUUGCUACUGGAUUAUUCAUCGGAUGUGAGCAAGGAGCACACGUUUGAAGUGUCUCUUUUCGCCGAAAUAUUUAACGAAAUGCUCAUGUGGGAUUUCGGUAUGCAAGUCUACAGAGCCAUUUUGGGAGUUCCAGAUCAGGAAGACAAAGAUGAAAUGGAAAAAAGGGAAAGGGAAAAGAAAAGCAAAAAGGGAGCGGAGGAAACGGAGUUGAAUAAAUCGUUCGAAAAGGAAAAAAACGAUGAAAAAUUGGGGAGCGAAGAAAAGAAAAUGGAAAAGGAGGAUAAAAAUCAUGAUCAUGGUAAUUCCGUUCCGAACGGAAACGAAAAGGAAGAGAGUCAAGAAUCGAGCGACGAAGAUGAUAACGAUUCUUGUUCCAGGAGUAGCAGCAAUAAUAAAAAAGAGAGAAAAGACGAUGGGAGAGAUCGUAAAAGAAAAGAAUCCGUGGCUCACUACACGGCUUAUCCCGAACUUUUGCUUGCUUUUACUUAUUUCGACGUGACUCGUUACGGUUCCAUAUCUAAAACUCACCUGGAGGAUUUAAUUCAUUCGUUAGGAUUGCAAUUAUCCCGAUCGCAGGUAAAGAAACUUGUAAAUAAAGUGGUUUAUAGAGACUACUGCGAUUAUAGGAAAUUAACGGAUUUGCCCGCGGGAACUUGUCCGGCCGGGGGAGAUUCGACCAAUGCCCAAUCACUCGUUCCGUCCAUUGAAUUGGGUAAUAAAGCCCAAUUGCCCGUGUUCGAAAAAAAUCGUUUGGAAAAGAAUGAACAAAAUAAUUCCUCUCCUCCGGUGGCAAAACGUUUCGUUUAUUACAAAUCAGUUCUAGUCAAUGUUGAAAAUUUAAAGGAUCAAGUCACGAGAAAUGAAAUUGCCAGGUUGAAGACUGAAGAAAAAUUAACGGAAUUAAAAGCAGAAUUAGGGGAAUUAAGGGAAAAAUCAAAAAAAUCCGCGGAAGAAAUUUCAAAUCUUGAAAAAGAAUUGAAAUGUUGUAAGGCGAAAUUAAAUGUAACAAAUGAAAAAUUAAACGACCAAGUGGCUUCUUCUGACAUAUACCUUAGUGCUUUAAUGGAUAUUGAAGAAAGGUUAAUACCUAUUUUAGAUACUGACGAAAUCAAAAGGUUGAUAAAAGAACGUCAAUCCGUUUUAGGAACUCCGUCAAUUAAUUUGAUUCCUCUCACCAAAGUUGAAAAUAUAACGAGAGUAGUAGACGAUGUUGAAAAUUUAUCAUGCGAUGAUGUCGCGAAUUUGUCGGAUGUUAAAAUAGAAACAAACGAAACAAUAAUAAAUAACGUAUCGUCGACAAAUAAAAAUGAAGAAGAGGAAAAAAUGGAAGUUUUAUAA